CGGGCGAUUUCAACGGCGUUGAGAGGCCGCCAUGGCGGGAGGCCACCCUGGGAGGCGGGCGCGCUCGGCCGGGGAGGCCCGGGAAGGUGCUGCUUCCUCUCCCCCCAGGCGGAGGUCCGAGAGAAACAUGCCUUCCUCAACUCGUCUAGUGUCCCAGGGUAACCCCACUGGGGUGGCCAGGAAAAUGAUGGACACCCCGCGCCCGGGUGCUUCUGUCACACGCACGAUAACUCUGAGAAAGAUUAAGCCAAGGAACCAGCAGGACCAGGUGAAAGAAAGUGAUUUAAUUCCUCGUCGGAGUCCAAGGAUUUCCUUCAAAGAAAACAAGGAGAACAGCCCCCCGGCGGCCCCUGAAAAUCAAAGCCCCCAUGGAGGGGAGGCCCCGAAGAAAACCCAGCCCGUCACCCCGUGCUGCUCCUUGAAUGCAGAGAACAGCUCACCAAAAGAGACUAAUGUCCUGUCCCCAGUCACCGCCAACACGCCGGGUUCCCCGCCGGAAUGCGAACGAGACCUGACCAUGGCCAAGCGUGUGCGCCGCUCUUACAGCCGCCUGGACAUCUCCUUGUCCCGCAGCUUCACAGACAAGCCGGAGUUUCCCAGCUUCAGCCUGACCGGCACCUCCACACCCGCCGGUGGUCCUGACAAGCGGCAAACCCUCUUCGGUUUCGACAAGCUGCUGCUCCCUGGGGAUCUGGCGGAACCCUCCCCUCUGCAUAUCAUCGGUGCCCCCAAGUCGGUGGCGGAGGAAAGCAGGUGCUUCGGGAAGCCGGACACCGACAUCCCUGGCAUCUCGUUCGGCAGGGAAAAGCGAAGGAAGAAGAAGGUGCCUGAGUUUGAUAAAUCCAAGAUGGAUGAGUGGGCUGCGCAGAUGAACGCCGAGUUUGAAGAAGCCGAGAAAUUUGACCUCCUGGUGGAGUGAAAAGCUGCACCUACUCAGCGCAUCGUUGGUGGCCAAGGACGUUCUUUGUACAUAAAUCUGACACCCCCCCCCCCUUCCAGGAGGACGCUUAAUCUUUCUUGGCAUAAAGCUGUAAAUUUUCUUUUCUUUUUUUUUUUUUUUUACUACAGGCUUAUUUGCGGACAAAAGGCAGCUAACACUUCUCUUAAUCCCCCCCCCCCCAAAGAUACUCUAUAGUUCUGUGGGCUUAUACGGAAUUUUUGUUUUCUGAAAAUCUGUGUCGGAUGAGUCCAGAUUCUAACCACACUCACAAUUUUUUGUAAAUGGCUUGGCCAACUUUGGAAACAACUUGAGUUUUUUUUCCACCUCCUUCUCAGUUGCCAUUAUUAAUAGGCAGAAAAUAAGCGAGACAUUAAGGCGAUGUGCGUUCUGGUUUUGGAAAGAGCCACAACUUUCCUCUGAGUAGUUUUAUUUUCUUCCAUUAUUUUCUUCUGCGUUUGCCUUCUGCAAAAGUCACCUUUGCUUAAACGUCGUGGGAGAACUUGGUUUGCUCAUUUUUAGGGGAGGGGUGUGUGAGUUAAUGGGGAGCUUGUUUUAAGGAACAGCCUGUUUCUUAAGCCGCGCUCUCGUGCGCUGGCCGUUCCUCUUAAAGGACUUCUCGCGUAGUGACCAAGCUUUUGAUGUUCGUUUGGUCUCUUUGUCCCCGGGGACAUUUCACAGUGCAGCCCUGUUAGAAUAAUUGUGAGAAAAUUAAAAAGUUUUCCUGCCGUCUCUAACUAUCCACGUGUAUGUUUAAGACAUGAUUUAGGGCAAGAAGUGGAAUCAAAGGUGAGGCCCGCGGGCCGAAUCCAGCCCGCAAUGUGUUCAGAUCUGGCCAGUGGUGGGAGCCUACUGAUUUAACAACCGGUUGCGUGUG